AUGUCAUCGCUAUCGGUGCUCGCGAACGUUGUCGAAGAGAAGAAGACGACGGAGGACGUGGAGCAGAAGGACGCGGAGCACGAGGACGCGGAGCACGAGGACGACGUCGCCUACAUGAAGAGAAUCGACGCGCUGCUGGCCGAGGUCGACGCGCUGCAGGAGACGAUCGCGGCGAUCAAGAAGACGUGCGACGAGUGGAAGGAGGACAGACUGAGAGAGGGUUAGUUUGUCGGCGAGGGGCACUCUGACGCUUUGCAACCAACAAGUUGCAAAGUGUCCCGUUUCUUGACCGUUUUUAGUAUACUUUAGACACAAUUACGUCAGUUAAUAUAGAUCGAGUUGAAGAAACCUGCCCUAUUUUGUUUAGAAACCCCCUAAAACCAUCAAAUUGCUCAUUUUGCAGAGGCGGAACUCGAGGAGAACUCGGAAUUGGAGUCGAUCGGCGAAGAAGAGGAGAAGGGAGCGAUGCUCUUCACGGACACCAUCUCAACGAUCUAA